AUGGCCGAGUUCAGCGUGAGAGUGUCCACCGGAGACGCCAUCGGGGCUGGCACGUGGAACAAAAUAGCUGUCAGCAUCGUGGGGACCCGGGGAGAGACCCCCCCACUGCGCCUGGACCACCCGGGCAAGGAGUUCAGCGCGGGCGCCGUGGAGGACUUCCAGGUGGAGUCCCCCCAGGACGUGGGUCCCGUGCUGCUGCUGCGCGUGCACAAGGCGCCCCUUCUGCUGUCCGCCCCGGUCAGCGCCGUGGCCCGCGACGCCUGGUUCUGCCGCUGGAUCCAGCUCUCGCAGCCUCGGGGCGCGCCCCUGCUCUUCCCCUGCUACCAGUGGCUGGAGGACGCGGAAAGCCUGGCGCUGCGCGCGGGGGCCGCCAAGGUCUCCUGGGCUGACGACCACCCCAUCCUCCGGCAGCAGCGCCAGGAAGAGCUACAGGCCAGGCAGGACUCGUACCACUGGAAGACUUACAGCCCAGGCUGGCCCCGCUGUCUGGAUGAGAAAUCCGUAAAAGAUCUGGAUCUCAACAUUAAAUACUCGGUCAAGAAGAAUUCCUGCUUCUACCUGAAAGUUGGCUCCGCGUUUACGGAGCUGAAACUCAAGGGGUUGCUGGACCGCAAAGGGCUCUGGAAAAGUCUGAGCGAGAUGAGAAUGAUGUUGAACUUCCGCAUGACCCCGGCCGCCGAGUAUGUGGUCAAGCACUGGCAAGAGGAUGCCUUCUUCGCCUCCCAGUUCCUGAACGGCCUCAACCCUGUUCUGAUCCACCGCUGUCGCCACCUCCCAGAGAACUUCCCUGUCACGAAUGACAUGGUGGCCCCCAUGCUGGGCCCUGGGACCAGUCUGCAGGCUGAGCUGGAGAGGGGCUCCCUGUUCCUGGUGGAUCAUGGCAUCCUCUCCAGCGUCCACACCAACGUCGUGAACGGGAAGCCUCAGUUCUCUGCGGCCCCGAUGACCCUGUUGUACCAGCAUCCCGGGGGAGGGCCACUACUGCCCCUUGCCAUCCAGCUCAGCCGGAGCCCGGGACCCAACAGCCCCAUCUUCCUGCCCAGUGACAACAAGUGGGACUGGCUGCUGGCCAAGACGUGGGUGCGGAACGCUGAAUUCUCAGUGCACGAGGCGGUCACGCACCUGCUACACGCACAUCUGCUGCCUGAGGUUUUCACCAUGGCCACGCUCCGCCAGCUGCCCCACUGUCACCCACUCUUCAAGCUGCUGAUCCCACAUACUCGGUACACCUUGCAUAUCAACACUCUUGCCCGCGAGCUGCUCAUCGCCCCGGGGCAGGUGGUGGACCGGUCCACAGGCAUUGGUGUCAGGGGCUUCUCGGAGCUGAUACAGAGGAACAUGCAACAGCUGAGCUAUUCUGUCCUGUGUCUGCCCGAGGACAUCAGGGCCCGAGGCGUCGAAGACAUCCCCAAUUACUACUACCGCGAUGACGGGUUGAAGAUCUGGGGGGCAGUGGAGAGCUUUGUCUCCGAAAUAAUCCACAUCUACUACCCGAGUGAUACAGCCGUGCAAGAUGACCCUGAACUCCAGGCCUGGGUGCGGGAGAUCUUCUCGGAGGGCUUCCUGGGCAGGGAGAGCUCAGGUGUGCCUUCCGCGCUGGAGACCCGGGACGCCCUGGUCCAGUAUGUCACCAUGGUGAUCUUCAACAGCUCGGCCAAGCACUACGCCGUCAGUGCCGGGCAGUUUGACUCCUGUAUCUGGAUGCCCAACCUGCCGCCCACCAUGCAGCUGCCACCCCCCACCUCCAAAGGCCAGACAAGGCCAGAGGGGUUUCUAGCUACCCUCCCUCCAGUCAAUGCCACGUGUGACAUCAUCAUUGCCCUCUGGCUGCUAAGCCAGGAGCCUGGAGACCAGCGGCCCCUGGGCACCUACCCGGACGAGCACUUCACAGAGGAGGCCCCUCGGCGGAGCAUCGCCGCCUUCCAGAACCGCCUGGCCCAGAUCUCGCGGGAGAUCCGGGAGCGGAACCAGGGGCUGGAGCUUCCCUACACUUACCUGGACCCUCCCCUCAUCGAGAACAGCGUGUCCAUCUAAAUCCCCUGGAGAACAGUGUGCUCUGAGGCAUACCUUGGACCCCAUAAAACCUAGCCCCCGUAUGCCUCUCCUGGGACAACCAAGCCACAUGGAAUUCCCCCUACACACCACAAAACAGCAGAAACAAAACAGAGAAACCAAAGACCCCAGAGAACAGCAACCAUGUGCCUUUUGAAGACUCCAAGUUUCAAAGUGCUUGAUCGCCCACAGAUCCCUUAAAGGGUUUUAUGACUUUGUGUGUUUGUAUUAUGUUAUUAUGGGGGAAGGGGUAUCUCCUGGUCCCACUGAUCCUGCUGACCACAGCUGUGUGGGCCUAAUGGUCACCUGACGCAGGGCAGCCCUCCUGACUGGCCGAAAAAUUGCCCAAGACGUUGGUAGUGACCCAUGGUCCCAGCUAUACAAUGAACAGCCUGCUAAGAAGGGGCUACCAGAAGCAGGGCAGAAGGAAGGGGACAGCUGUCUGGGCAGUGCCCAUGUACACUUUCCUAAAAAUUUGCUCCAAAGUUGGACAAAAAUUUGCAUAUUAUAAAGCAGUCUCCAUUUCCAGAGAAUUAGAAAACAGCAGAGCUGUAAUAAUCAUAGGUCCCCUUCCGGAUUCAGUCCUCAGUGAUGGGACUCCAACACUGCAUACACAGUCUUCCUUCCCGUCCUUCUUUUUUCUUGUCCCAAAUCAAGAACCAUCCAUUAAGACAAAAAUGGCUCCCUUGGAAUUCACCUAUCAGUUACCAUCUCUGGCUCAGACUGUAGAUGUCACUGCUUUGGUGUUUGUGGCUCACUAAGUUUUAUAAAACAGUGUGGACACAAAAUGUAUUCGGAUCA